CCGCCCAGCCUGUCCCAGAGAUCAAGGCUGGGAGGCAAGCAAUAUAUUUCUCCUGCGCAUGCUCAAAACAAUUUCACUACGCAUUUCUGCGUGCUUAGAAUUUAGAUGGGUUUGUUCUUCGUGGUUCAAUGGCUUUUGUUAGGAAUCAAGCAUUUAACUCUUGGGAUGAUUUCUUUUCUGCUUGCAAGGAGUAUUGCGACACAAAUUUUCAGCCCAUGGUGAAGAAGGGUUGUAAGCUAACGAGUGUGGCCAAUGCUAAAUUACAAAAUGGACAAAGACCGUAUCCAGAACGCUUUAAAUAUACAAAUUAUAUCUUUUUGUGCACCCAUUCUGGUACUUUCAAAUCAGAAGGUGAAGGAAAGAGGAAAACAGGCUCAAAGAAAUUUGGAUGCCCUGGGAAAAUUUAUGCAGCUCUAAACAGGGAGAGGACCCAGGUUGUUAUCAAGGAAAUCGUGAACACCCACAAUCAUGACAUUGGUCCUGAACUUUACAAGCACUAUGUGCUAAACAGGCAGCUGAGUUCGGAGGAGAAGGCCCAGGCCUGUGAAUUGACCAGGCUGGGUGUGGACAUCAAUGUUGUGCAGCAAUUGAUGCUGAAAACCACAGGCAAGCCAAUCACAACCAAAGAUGUAAGGAAUCUGAAGACACACAUGAAAGUGGAGGGAAAAGGAAUGGCCAGUCUGCUUAAAGAUGGUGUAAAUACUCCAAUCUCUCUGAAGGGAUUGUCUAGUAAGGAGCAAGGCUUUAGUGUAUCAGCAGAGAGUAUGAUAGAUACCAAGCCAUUUGAUGAGACAAGUCCUCCAGUGUCAACAUGUGUGUUGCGUGAACCAUGUGUUUCUGUGAAUGCAGAAACUAAAGCAGAUCUUUUAGCUGUUUCACAAACAAAGGAACACAAUUAUUUAAUGAUGAAAUCCCAAGGGCUUGUGGCUGGAAAUUUUGAAUCUUUACUUGACUUUUUUAUAGAACCUACUGACCCUCUUCUGAAUGGAUUUAUUGUACGAAGCAUGCAUAUCAGCACUGUGAAAAAUUAUACUUAUAAGUGCAGACAAAUAGCACAGAAACUAGGACUUUGUGAUUCAGUAGUUUUUCAAACAUUUUUUUCUGCUAUUGUUAAACUAAUGAAAAAUGUCAAGUUAUUUAGAAAAUGUUUGAGUAGAGAUUGGCACAAGCUUGUGGAUCUUCUCAAUACACCUUUUACAUAUAUUACUUAUAACAAUUUGGGUAGAGUAAAAAGUACUGUAAUUAGUGUAACACCAACUGAGGAUUCCCAUACCAGCAAUCUAGAGCUUGUAGAAGUAGAUACAGCUGGUAUGGAGAUUUCUUCUACUCAGGAAGAUGGCCCCAAAGUGGCAAUUGAGGGUGUGAUGAAAACUAGUCAACCAGGUGUGCCAGGUUUUUUCAAAUCUGAAAUUAGUGUAAAACCAACUGAGGAUUCCCAUACCAGUAAUCUAGAGCUUGUGGAAGUAGAAGUAGAUACAGCUGGUAUGGAGAUUUCUUCUACUCAGGAAGAUGGCCCCAAAGUGGCAAUUGAGGGUGUGAUGAAAACUAGUCAACCAGGUGUGCCAGGUUUUUUCAAAUCUAGUGAUCAUCCACGUUUUUCUACUGCUGGUAAACAAAUGACAACUGCGGAAAAUAAACGUAGCAUAAUGGCCAAACAUAGGUUACAAAGACACAGUUGUUCAAAGUCUCAUAUAAGCAACCAAGCACUGCUGAAGAGUAAAAACAAAAUUAGAGACCGUAGAAAAAAAUGUCUCACUCUGCAUUCACCUAAAAUAGAAAACUUGCAACAAGUUUUAAAGAUCAAAUCCCUAGCAAUUGAGAUGCUGAUGAAAUCUGAAUCAACUGAGUUGAAAACAGCUUUUUAUGAUUGGGAGAAAAGUGUACAGGACACCACAGAUUUAUAUGAAGGAUUACAAAUGAAACACACCAUAUUGCAAAAUAAAAUGAAGUUACUAGAGGAAAAAAAUGAGCAAAAUUUGCUUGCUUUUGUAAGCACGCUGAAAUCAAACCACACUGAAUUAAGGAGGCUGAAGGCAGAAGUUGCCAGUCUGAAAGCAGAAAAUAAAAAGCUGGUAGAAGAAAACAAUACACUGAAUGAUAAGCUUUCUACUGAGUUAAUUUUACCUAUUGUUUACUUCAAUCCAAUAAAAUAAGUUUGAAUCCACAAUAGAGUAAGUUGUUUAAAACUGUUAUGCAAAUUGUCAGGUUUUGGCUAAGUUUGUGGCCUUAACUGAAUUGAUCAGUGAGAAAGGUUAACUACUCAGGCCAAUGCAGUUAUGAAUGAAGAAUAAAUGUAUCUAAAAUUGUACAUACUUAAUUCAAAUAAUUGGUAAAUGCUUAUGACUGCUAGCCCAAAAAAACUCGAGUUCCAAUCUCUGCUUUGAGUCAGAAGGUUGUCUCCACCAAGCUCUGAUGGGUACCUGAGUCACAGUAGGGAAACUAAGGCAGCUGGACCAUCCCAUGUGUAUCAGCUCAACGACUCUUGAGAUUCUCUCCAAUUAUGUCAAUAUAGAAUAAGACCCUUACGUAGUUUCUCAGUCGUGAGUGUCGUUGAGAAUAAAACCAUCAGCUGUUAUAUAAUUAGAGUAUAAACAAAGAAUCAAAUGGAACAAAGUUUAUAGCCUUAUUCUAUACGGACACGGUCAAUCAGCUGCUCAACAGCUGUCGUUGAGAAUAGUGUGGGAUCGGCUGGCUGGACAUAGUGCUGACCACACAAACCUCUAAAUUCUGAGAUCAUUUAAACUCUGAAACAUAAGCUCCACUUCAUCUACCUCAUGUGUCUUGUGAAGGAACAGGAAACCAGGAUGAUGAAUUGCUAAAUAGAUAGCAGCUAUUAAGAGUGAAAGAAUGUACAAUAACUGAUUAGUGCUUUCUUUGUCAAUAAAGACAAAAUAUUAUUUUAGAUGUAGAUAAAUAGAACACACAUCAUGAAGCACUGACUUAAAGCAUUUGACUUGAUUAUUUUACUGGUACACUUGAUUCUUUGACUUGACUUG